UUCUUUUUUGGAAAAUGUAUAUUAUAGGACAUGAUAGUAUAUUUUUUAAUUUUUUCCUGCUUACCAGAAAUUACAAUAAUAAUUUAAGAUUAUAUAACUUGGCAAUAAUGUGAGAAAACAAAUAUUGCGAUAUUCCUUUGCAUUGUUUUAUCAGCUGAAAAUUACUUUCUUGCUUACCCUCAACCAAGAGGUUAACACAAGUCAGUUGCUAGAAGAGAUAGAAUGCGAUUUGCAUGCAUUUACGGAAAAAAACCUCAAGUCAGAGAACCCUGAUACGUCAAUGAAAGGGUUUACAUGCUAUGUCUCCAGUUAGUACUGUUAAAACUUUAAAUGGCCUUGUUCUCAAAAGUAUUAUUUUACUUAGUUUCAUAAUGGAAAGUACCUUUGUAUAGGGCAGAGGAUGGGGAGAAGAGUAUACACACUAAUAACUUUUUAAUGUAUCUUAACUCCUAAAUCCUAGAUCAGUGUCGUAAUCUAAUUGAUUAUCUUACAAACAUGGAAUUCUCCCACUAUUGGAAGCCACCUUGCUGAAUUUACAUGCUUUACAUUCAAUAAAAAUAUUUGCAUUCUUUACAUGCAAUAAAAUAAAGUUCUUUUGUGCAGAAACUGUAUAUAUGCAUGCUAGAGCAAUGCAGCUGACAAAUAAGACAAGUAUAUUUUAAAACUGAAAAUCAGAAUUGGCAAUUGUAUCAUGUUAAUGUAAAUGUAAUCUGAAAAAUAAGCAAGCAGAUUGGAAUGUUUUAUAAUCCUGAAUUUUACAACUAUUUUGUAGAUUAAUGAAAACUAUUUAAAGAAGUGUGGAACAUACUUACAAGUAGUUCUCCAGUUUUGACUGUUUGUUUUAACAGCUAUUACAAAUUAUGAUUAAAAAGUGCUUCACAGCCCAUAAAGUACUUCUGGCUAUCAUAAAAUAUCAUAUAUAUACCCACACAAACACACAUCCUGCAGACAGGAAAGGUUGCAAGCUGCUGCUACCUGCUAUGGAAAAUGAGGCUCCAUGCUGGCAAGCAGUUCUGAAGGCAAAAGGGCUACUACCAAGGGGACUUCCAUACUUCCACUGUUAGGUUGCAGAAACAGAAGUCAAAUCCUAAAGACCUGAGCUCCAUUUUGACAGCCCUUCAAAGGAGUUCUCCACAUAAGAAGGGAGAUAAACUUCUGCAGUGGGCUGUAGGGAGAGAGCUAGGAUCUUCAGUAUCUGAAUGGUUUCUCCACCCUGCAGGAGUUUGUUUCUCCUCUGUGCAUGGAAGAGAUCUGGUGGACUGCCUACCAAAACAAUUCUCUUCCAUCCAUGGAGGGGAGACGAACUCUAGCAGGGGUGAGAAAUGGAACUCAUGUCCUGAACAUCCCAGCUGGCAGCCCACCAGAGCAAUUUCCUUCUGUGUACGGAUGAGAGCUGAGCUUAGCAGGCAACUGUUUUAACUCCAUUUAAUGACUCAGAAGUUCAAGUGUGCCAGUUUGCAGUCAUUCAUGAAGCAGUCAGGUGGGCGACUUGUUUAACAACCAUUUUGCUCAACAGCUGAGCUUCCAGUCCCAAUUUUGGUUAUUAAUUGAGGACCAUCUGUAAUAUGACAUGAGGAUUAUAAUGAUAAAACUAAAGGUAUUUGGUGAAAAUAUAUUUCUGUUUGCACAAAAGCACUUAUCUUGCCUCCAGGACAGGUCAAAUGCUUCAUUCCAUUAUAAUUUCUAUAACUUGAUUUACCCUGUUAUGUUGAUUCUGUUAACAUGCAAAAGCCUAUUAUUGUAUAAAACAUAGAAACCUGAAGCAGAGAAAAGAGUGUAAGGGUGUCUAAAGUGGUUCGUGCUUUUUUAGAUGUUAGUGUUACUGUUUUAAUUUUUUGCUUUUGCUAUAUUUAAGUCUGUUCUUCAUUCUUUUAUUGUCUGCAAUUUUCAUCUUCUGGUGCCUUUUUAUUUGCCCUUACUUUGUUCUUAAUUCUCUUCUUUUUUUUCUUUUUUUCUUGCUUCUCACAUGGAUUAGAAGAAAAGUAAGAAUAUGAAACUGAAAAUUUAUGGUAAGGGUGGGUUGAAAAAAUCCGAUCGUACCCAGUUUCAGGACAGCUUAGAGUCUGGAAAAUCAUCUUCUCAUUUGGAGUCUUUGGCUUCAAAAAGUUUUGAAAAAGAUUCCUGUACUAAAAAAAAUAGCUACAAUGCUUUUGUGCAGAAAGUUAAGCCUUAUAAAAAGUGUUCAGGAAAUAAAUCUGAAGAGCUUUCUAUUAUUGCAUUAAAUUAUGAUACUCAACAAACUGUAAAAGAAGCAUUUAAAGUGACAAAAAAGAAAAAUAUUGACAAAAUAAAUUCUGGGCCAACUCAGCAAGAAGUGCUGUGCAGCCAUUCUAGUAACGAUCAGCUGGAAAAACAACAUGAAGAUCAUCAGAAAAAUAAAGUAGAAGCUAAACCUGAUCAAUAUAUUAUGCAAGGUAAUAACAAUAGUGAAAAACAAAAAGAAUAUAAUCACAAAGAAAGAAUUACAGAACAAUUAGUAGUAAGAAUGCCAUCUUUCUUAAGUCAGGAAAUGAUAAAGAAGUCAGCAAUGUAUAUUUUUGAGAUAAACCAAUUUAAUUUUGAAAAUGUGACAACUACUGAAACACGUAUAGAAGACAGAAAUAAUAAAUGGGAAAGCAAUCAAGCUGAUUAUAAAGAAAAGAGAAAUUUAAAUGUUAACAAUAUGCAAAAUGAAAAGAAAAAUAUGGAUGAUACAUCAGAGAAGGAUACCCCGGAAGAAAAUCCAGAAAAUGACCAAGGCAAUAAAGAAGAUGAAGUAAGUGUGGAAGAGACUGAAAGAAAAGAUGGCGCACAAGAAAAAGACAGUGACAGCGAAGAAAAAUCUGAAGAACAGGAAGUUGAAAAUGAAGCAGGUGAAUGCAUGGUGGAUGUUAUGAUAGACAUCAAAUGUGAUGAAGGAGAAAGCGAAAAUGAUGAAUUACAACCUGAAACAGAAAAUGAGCAGAAUCUGGAGGAAGAGGAUAACUUUCAGAUAAGACAAAAGAAAGAUGACUCAGAUAAUAAACUGCAAGAGUUAGAGGAAAGAGACAUAUAUGAGCCAGAAAAGGGGAAAAAACCUAACAUCAAGAAUGACCAAAUUAAGGACAAAAUGAAAAAAAUAGAGAAGGAAAAGGAUAAUGAAGAUGUGGAAGAUGAGAAAGAAAAUAGAAAAGAGGGAGAAGUAGAAAAGGACAAUCAGCAAAAUUAUGAGGAAUUUGAAGAUGGAGAGGAAAGUGGUGAAACUAUGGUGAUGAAGAACAGCACAAAGGAAGAGGAACUUGAAGAACAGGAUCAGGAAGAGACUGAAAGAGAGGAAGAAGGACAAGAAAAGCAAGAGGGAGAAAUUGAAAGAGAAGUAGAUGAAGGAAGUGUGGGAUGCGGAGAAGAGAAAGAAGAUGAGGAAGAGGGAGACAAUGAAGUAGGAAAUGACCCAAAAAUUUACGAAGGGAAAGAAGAACAAAGUGAGAAGGAGGGGGAGGAGGAGGAGAAAGAAGAAGAAGAAGAGGAGAAAGAAGAGGAAAAAGAAGGUGAGGAGGAGGAGAAAGAAGAAGAGAAGGAGGAGAAAGAAGAAGAGGACAAGAAUGAGGAGUUGGAGGACAAAGAGGAGGAGGAGGAGGAAGAGAAAAAAGAGGAGGAGGAAGAAGAAGAGGAGGAGGAGGAAGAAGAGGAUGAGAAUGAGGAGUUGGAAGACAAAGAAGAGGAGGAGGAGGAAAAAGAAGAGGAGAAAGAAAUUGUUGAGUGUGGAAAGGAAGAAAAAGUAGGCAAAAGCCCCAAAGAUCAAAAACAUAAAGAAAAUAAUAAAAGGAAAAAUCAAAAUACAAGCAGCAAAAUAAAAAACAUUAAAGAAAAAAGACCACUGAAACAAGCCGUGAAUGGAUUUCAAAACAUACACGAGUUUUGGAACAAUGUUUUACCACAUUACUUGACGCUAAAGUAAUCCUGGAGACUAGAAAUAAUUUUUCAGAAAGCUAUAGUAUAAUGUCUGUAUACAAUACCUGCUUUAAUGAGUGUGUGUGUUCACUGUGUGACACACCCACAGACACC